AUGGAGAAUGACGAACUUUCAAAGGCAAUUGCGAAAGCUCUCAAAAAUGCCAAAUAUACUAGUCAUGAUAUUCAAAAACAAAUAUUUCAUGUGUUUUCAGUGAGAUUGAAAAAUGCAAUUCGUAAAGAAAUUGGAGUUGCCAAGUAUUGCAUUAUUGUUGAUGCAGCCCCUUUGACUUUAAAGAACGCCAUAUAUUCUGCUUUGGCUCAUUACAAUUUGGAUGUUCAAAAUAUUAGAUGUCAAGGUUACGAUGGGGCCAGUAAUAUGAGGGGUGAAUUCAAUGGAUUGCAAGCUUUGAUUAUGAAAGAUUGUAAGACUGCUUACUAUGUUCAUUGUUUUGCUCAUCGGCUACAGUUGGCUCUUGUUGCGGCAGCAAAAAAUCUGACUCCCAUUCAUAUGUUUUUUGAUAAAUUAAUUUCUAUAGUUAAUAUGGUUGGUGCUUCUUGCAAGCGUAAUGAUGAAUUGAAGAAAGCUCACGCGGAUGACAUUGCCCAUUUGAUUUCUAUUAAUGAACUCGAGACAUGGCCUGGACUUAAUCAGAUCGGCACUUUACAACAAGCUGCUGAUACGCGUUGGAGUUCUCAUUUCAGAUCAUUAUCAAGUUUGAUCAGGAUGUUUAGUGCAGCAUGUACGGUGUUGCUCAAAGUUAUGGAGGAUGAGCUUCCCUCCCAACGAGCCGAUGCAACAUCUGUUUAUGAUGAAAUGACUUUGUUCGAUUUUAUAUUUAUCUUACAUCUAAUGAGUGAGAUUAUGGGGAUCACAGAUUUUCUUCGCCAGACUUUACAAAGGAAGUCUCAAGACAUUUCGAAUGCAAUGGAGCUUGUGUCAUCUACAAAAAGAUUACUACAAGAGUUAAGGGAUGACAAUGCUCAGUAUGUUGAUAGACGACAUAUCGAGCUCAUGGUCAUUAAGACAUCACCAUUGGGCAUCAUUACCGAGUAG